CUCUCGUGUGAAGAUCUACAGUUGGAAAUCAUCAGCUUCUGAAAACCCUAUUCAGCGACAAUGGAGAACUUGAUAUCACUGGUGAACAAAUUACAGAGAGCGUGCACAGCGCUCGGCGAUCAUGGCGAAGAGAGCGCAUUGCCCACUCUCUGGGACGCCCUUCCUUCCAUCGCCGUCGUCGGUGGCCAGAGCUCUGGGAAAUCUUCAGUGUUGGAGAGUGUUGUUGGAAAGGACUUUUUGCCUCGUGGAUCUGGAAUUGUUACCAGACGUCCUCUUGUCCUACAACUUCAUAGGAUUGAUGAAGGAAGAGAAUAUGCAGAAUUCAUGCACCUUCCAAAAAAGAAGUUUACUGAUUUUGCUGCUGUGAGGAAGGAGAUCGCUGAUGAGACUGAUCGAGAGACUGGCCGUUCAAGACAAAUUUCAACUGUUCCAAUUUAUCUUAGUAUAUAUUCCCCCAAUGUUGUGAACCUGACACUGAUUGAUCUUCCUGGACUUACAAAAGUAGCUAUUGAUGGCCAAUCUGAAAGCAUUGUGCAAGACAUUGAGAAUAUGGUCCAGUCCUAUAUUGAGAAGCCCAACUGUAUUAUUCUGGCAAUUUCUCCUGCCAAUCAAGAUCUUGCUACAUCUGAUGCAAUUAAAAUUUCUCGUGAAGUAGAUCCCAAAGGGGAGAGGACGUUUGGGGUUUUAACAAAGAUUGAUCUUAUGGACAAGGGUACUGAUGCAGUUGAAAUCUUGGAAGGAAAAUCUUACAAGUUACAAUUUCCUUGGAUUGGUGUUGUUAAUCGGUCUCAAGCUGAUAUUAAUAAAAACGCCGAUAUGAUCUCUGCUCGGCGUCGGGAGCGGGAGUACUUUUCCAGUACCCCAGAGUACCAGCAUCUUUCUCACAGAAUGGGUUCUGAGCAUUUAGGAAAAGUACUUUCAAAACAUUUGGAACAUGUUAUCAAGUCUCGAAUCCCAGGCCUUCAGUCUCUCAUUAGCAAAUCCAUCAUUGAACUAGAAACUGAGUUGAGCCGUCUUGGGAAGCCAGUUGCCACUGAUGCUGGAGGAAAACUGUACAUGACUAUGGAAAUCUGCCGUGUUUUUGAUGGAAUAUUCAAAGAACAUCUCGAUGGCACACGUGCAGGUGGUGAUAAAAUCUACAGUAUAUUUGAUAGUCAACUUCCUGCUGCUUUGAAAAGGUUGCAAUUUGACAAGCAUCUUUCAUUGGAUAACGUACGAAAGCUAAUUACCGAAGCUGAUGGAUAUCAGCCUCAUUUAAUAGCUCCUGAACAAGGAUAUCGCCGUCUUAUUGAAUCUACCUUAGUUACCAUUAAAGGUCCUGCUGAGGCAGCUGUUGAUGCUGUUCAUGCCAUCCUGAAGGAACUGGUUCACAAGUCAAUCGGUGAGACUAUGGAACUCAAGCAGUAUCCUACCCUUAGAGUGGAGGUCGCAAAUGCAGCCUGCGAGGCAUUGGAAAGGAUGAAGGAAGAAAGCAAGAAGGCAACUCUACAGCUAGUAGAAAUGGAGUAUAGUUAUCUGACCAUUGAUUUCUUCCGGAAGCUUCCUCAAGAUGUUGAGAAGGGUGGAAAUCCAACAAAUUCAAUAUUUGAUAGAUACAAUGAUGCAUACCUUAGACGAAUUGGAUCAACUGUCUUGUCUUAUGUCAAUAUGGUUUGUGCGGGUUUGAGGAACUCCAUUCCAAAAUCCGUUGUCUACUGUCAAGUUCGUGAGGCCAAGCGUAGCUUACUUGACCACUUCUUUGCCGAGUUGGGUACAAAGGAGGUUAAACAGUUGGGCAAGUUGUUGGAUGAGGAUCCAGCAAUAAUGCAACGGCGUGUUAACCUUGCGAAGAGGCUCGAGUUAUACAGAGCUGCUCAAUCAGAGAUCGAAGCAGUUGCUUGGUCCAAGUAAGAGGGAGGUGAUCUAUUUUUUCUCCCCUUUUCUAGUAUUAGUAAAUAGGAGUUAGUGUCAUGAGGACUGUGAUUCUUUGAUUCAUUAUAUUAUUCUUUAGUAAAGAUGUGUGCACAUAAUUUGUGAACAAAAAAAUACCCAGAAAAAUAUUGUGUGGUUUAGAUUCAACUCAUAUAUUGUGAGUUCACAUUUAGAAUGAAUUUAGAUCACACAAUAAUUUUUCUUGAUAUGUUUGUGUGCAUGAAUUAUGUGUACGUGCCAUCUCUAAUUAUUCUUUAUAUACAUAAAAAGUGCAAGGGAAGGUCUGAUGCCUUAUUUGCCUUGCCUUUCCCGGACUCUUCUGAAAGAUUGAUAUUUCAUUCUAUUGUAUUCAUGAUCUUAUAUUGAUUUUUGCAUAUUUGAGCCAAAUUUUCAUUACUGGGUAUUCUUGUAGAAUGCAUCAAAUAUUUAUUUAUAUUUGAAAUAAAUUUCUGCCAGGGCCCCAAAUUGAGGGUUCCCUAAUUGACCA